UUUUUUCUUAGUGAAAUAUUAGUGUGACAUUGUUAAUUUUUACAUUGAGCAUUAACAAUUUGCCUAACUUCGUCAUCAUUUUAUGAGCAAUAAUGUAGUCUCGGUAAAUUUUCGAACAUCUCGAAAAUGGUAGUGACUCGUACAUCGCACUUAGUGUUUGUCACGGAGAAGUGAUAAAAACAGGAUACAUGUGAAAAUAAUUUCCCUGUUAUUUCCUGUGAAGUAAACUUUUGUCAGUACUAAAAACGACGUAAACAUGUUAUAAUGUCAAAGGCGCAUAGUCCGAAGCAUUUUAACGGAGAAACAGAUAACUUUUUUGAUCCAAACUUUACCGUGGACAUCAACAAGCGGAUGCAGGUUCCCAAAAGUAUUCGUGUAAGUGGCGACGAGGAUAUUAUGAGUAGAUCAGUGUGGAAUCAAAUGUCGGCUACAGAAAAAUUUGAAAAGUUUGAUAUGCACGUGCCAGACAGGAUUCUUGUCGUUGGGCAGGAACAACACGUUGGUACCAAAGCACCACCACCAGAGAUUGUCUUAGAAAAUGCUGUUAUGCGUACCGAACCUGCCAUAGUCAGAGUACAGACUCCACCAAGAAUCUUGAAAUUGGACGAUCAUUUUUUCCCGACUGCAGACGACGACGAUUCUCCUGCGUAUCCUCCUAUUGAGAUCAAAGAGCCAGCACCUAGGACAUUCAAUGCGGAAACACAGAUAACGAGGCACAUCAGGGAGCCAACGCCUGCAUAUAACGCUCUUGAUGUAUCUCUGCCACCCAGCGAAGAAGUUCACCACUUACGUCGUCAAGUGGGUAAAUUGAAUCGCAGGGUGAUGGCGCUCGAAUUGGACAUGCUACAUCGCCAGCAAAGGGAGAAGAUUUUGUACAUUGCUACAGUGGCAUAUUUCAUUCUGAAAGCGUUCUCCUGGUUCACUAGAAACUGAGCUGUGAGCUCGACUGAUGAUGAAGGGAGGAAGGGUGAAGGCGAGUCGAAGGUGUUUCGCUAGAACGAGCAACGGUUAAGUAGCACUUUGGGCCACUCUUGCUAUAAGAAAGUAUAACCAAAGACUUUUACCACAGUCUCGUAAGAUCAAUCAGUUGCAGUAAACUGCAUGACAUAUAUACACACACACACAUAUAAUUAUUGAAUAAUUGUGUGUGUGUGUGUAUCUGUCGUGUAUCAGAAAAAAACGGAUGACGUAUAGAAGCGUGAUGACCGAUUGUCUUGAAGGUGUCUCACUUUACUUGAAAAGACAUUGUAUUAGGUUUUACGAUAUAUAAUGUGUUAUUAUUGAUGUAUAUACAGCAUGCUGAGAACUAAUAAACUAAUUUUCAUACUAUAUAGAUCAAAUAACAAUCGCACAUGUUAUAUUCUUCGAGAUACAUAUUUAUAUAAUUUCAUUAAUUUUUCUUCUGCUAUUUUAUAUCGUGAAAUUACACAUCUUUCACUGUGCGAUGUUAUGAAAAUUAAACUACUGUAGUAUAUUUAUCAAUAGUUAUUUUCUCUGUGGCCAUAGCACUUAGAGCUGUAGACCUUAUAUAAGAUAUAAGAUAUAUUGUGACUAAUGAAAUCAAUAAAGUUAUCAUUAAUACAA